AUGGCUGUCAGAGUUACAGACCCCAAAAGUCCUAGGCAGAGACCACCAGUCUUGGCUAGUGCUCCAGAAGAAUUGCCACAGCCACCUCCUUACAUGGCACCUAGGGGGGUCAGUUUGCCAGCCACACCGCAAUCCUUGUCACUGACAUAUUCCAGAAGAACUGCCCCCAGCACCGGGGAUUCUACAGGUCAAUUACCUAUUGAGGGAAUCGAGCAGGGAUUGGAUGCUGUAAUUACUAGUAUGGAACAAAUAAGAUAUAAAGAGAAAGAAGAAAAAGCCCCUCUAAGCUCACCCGACACAAUGGGACCAGAGUUUUGGGAAAAGAAGGAGAAAGAGAUGGACCAAUUGUUGGGAGCUGUGGGUGGAGAAGCGGAACCAGUGUCAGCCAGAACCAGAGCAAAGACAGAGACUGUUUUUACAGCACCACUCAGACGAGUUGACCAAUUCUUAGUAAACCCAGAUGACCCCUCCCAAGUUUCAACAGGGUCGUUGUUUCAGCAUGUUCCUUUUACCACCUCUGAUUUGCUUAAUUGGAAAAUGCACUAUGGGCCUUAUAGUGCUAAACCAAACGAAGUGGCAGAAUUGGUAAAAACUAUUGUGGAUACUCAUCACCCAACUUGGCUAGAUUUACAACAACUUAUGGCAACACUUUUCAAUGCUGAAGAAAGGGAAAAGAUCAGGAAUGCAGUGUCUAAUAUUUUAAAACCAGAUGUCCCUGCACGUACAACCUUAGCAGACUUUAUUGAACAGCGUUUCCCCUCAAAGGAUCCUAAUUGGAGUCCUUACGAUUCGCAUCAAUUAAACUUGUUGCUCAAUUAUCAACAGUUAAUAGUAAAAGCCGUGCGCAUAGCAGGAAAGCCCGCAACGAACAUGUCAAAGCCAAGUUUGAUAACCCAAGAAGCUACUGAAAGUCCGGAGGCAUUUUAUUCUAGAUUGGUUGAGGCAUAUCAGAUGUAUACUCCUAUCGACCCCACUCUUCCUGAAAAUGCUCGCAUGCUAGCAAUGGCUUUUAUUUCACAAUCAGCUCCAGACAUAAGACAUAAGCUUCAAAAGUUGGAAGGAGCGUUGGGUAAGCCUCUUAGUGAACUCAUGGAAGUUGCCAGGAAGACAUUUGUCAACAGGGAUUUGUUGGAGGAGAGGAAAAAAGAUAAGCAGAUGAAGAAAAAAGCAGAAUUGCUGGCCACCGCUUUAAUGACUGUGCCAGGGGGAAAUAGAGGAAGUAGGGAGAGGACUAUAAUCCCCUCCUUGGGUCAAAAUCAGUGUGCCAUAUGUCACAGAGCACAGAUAUUUUUUGAUGAAAAGGGAUCCGUAGGAGUGGAAUAUGGCAAUGUGAAUUUAGAGAUUCCUAGGGAAGAGGCUUGGAGAAUCAUGGUGGUGCAGGAAGUCUCAGGAGACAAAUGGAGGGAGUUCCGGGUUCCUGAGCUGUGGGCGGAAGAUAACCCCCCUGGUUUUGCUGCUCACCACACCCCUGUCAUUGUUGAGGAACUACCAAUGAGCCGUCCUGUAUGCAUCCGCCAGAGGGGGUACCCAAGAGAAAUUGUGCAGGCUAUUCAGGAAGUCAUACAACUGUAUCUGACUUAUAAGAUUCUAGUGCCCACUGACUCCCCAUGGAAUUCACCGAUUCUGCCUAUACCAAAAGGGGGAGGGAAAUAUCGAAUGGCUCAGGAUCUUCGUCGGGUCAACAGUUCAACAGUCACAAUUUAUCCCACGUUGCCAAAUCCUUAUGUGUUGCUUGGGUUAAUUCCACCAAAAGCUAAAUGGUUUUCAGUUAUUGAUUUAAAAGAUGCCUUCUUUUCUAUACCCAUUCAUAAAAAAAGCCAGCACUUGUUUGCCUUUGAAUGGGAAAAUCCGACAACAGGAAGGAAACAGCAAUAUACUUGGACACGCCUCCCACAGGGAUAUAAAAAUUCGCCAACGCAUUUUAGCGCGGCGUUAGCUACGGACUUGGAAAUUCUGGAUUUACCCCCUCCUGAUGUUGUGUUGCAAUAUGUGGAUGAUCUUUUGGUGACAGGGCAAACAGAAGAGGACUGUCAUGCUAAUACAGCAUCCCUCUUACUUCUGUUACAAGAAAAAGGCUAUAAAGCUUCUAGGGCCAAAGCACAAUUGGUCCAGUUGAAUGUUAGGUAUUUGGGAUAUGAUAUCCAGCAGGGGCAAAGAACUUUGGGACAUGAAAGAAAGGAAGCCAUUUGUCAAUUACCAGCCCCAAGAAAUAGGAAGGAAUUAAGAGGCUUUUUAGGAGCAGCAGGAUUUUGCCGCAUUUGGAUUCCUAACUUCGCCUUAUUAGCAAAGCCACUUUAUGAAGCUACAAAAGGGAGUGAAAAGGAACCUUUGCGAUGGGAAAAAGAGGAACAGAAAAGUUUUUUGAACUUAAAACAUGCUUUGACUCAAGCCCCGAGUCUGGGACUGCCUAAUUUAGACAAACCUUUUCAUUUAUUUGUGGACACUAAACAGAAUAUGGCUGUGGGGGUGUUAACUCAGAAGAUGGGAACGUGGUAUCGACCAGUUGCAUAUUUGUCAAAACAAUUGGAUCAGGUAGCAAAAGGGUGGCCCUCUUGUCUUAAGGCUGUAGCAGGCACGGCUUUACUUACUCAGGAAGCAAAUAAACUCACUUUUGGACAGCAGUUGAAUAUCUACACCCCCCAUGCUCUUCGGGCUGUCCUGGAUCAAAAAGGCCAUUUGUGGCUUACCAAUCCACGUAUGUUGAAGUAUCAGGGGCUUAUUACCCAUAACCCCCUCAUCAAGCUUGUUCAGUCAUAUGCUUUGAAUCCUGCCACUCUGUUGCCUGAACCAGACUCUGAGAUCUCUCAUGAUUGUUUGCAAACUAUUGAGGAAACCUAUGCAAGUCGCCCAGAUUUGAAGGAUGAACCCUUUUCCGACCCAGAUGCAACCCUUUUUACCGAUGGAACCAGUUUUAUCCAUGAAGGUGUAAGGAAAGCAGCUUAUGCCAUAGUUACUCUUGAUGAUGUAUGGGAAGCCAAGCCCUUACCUGCAGGAACUAGUGCCCAAUUGGCAGAAUUACAUGCACUCACUAGGGCAUUGGAAUUAGCAAAAGGUCUACAUGUCAACAUUUACACAGACUCCAAAUAUGUCUUUCUUACAGUUCAAGUGCAUGGAGCUUUGUACAAAGAAAGAGGUCUUAUUACAGCAGGAGGAAAGGACAUUAAAUAUGGACCCCAAAUUUUGCGUCUAUUGGACAGUGUGUGGUCCCCCAAGCAAGUUGCCGUUAUGCAUGUACGGGGUCAUCAGAAGGGGAUUUCAACAGCUGAAAGAGGAAACCACAAAGCUGAUCAGGUGGCUAGGGCAGUAGCUUUGGAUCCAUUCUCCCUGCAAGCUAACUGUCUUACUUUGUGGAUCCCGAACCAAAAAGAUGAACCCCCCUUAUAUAGCCACUCGGAAGUCCAGCAAGCUGAAGCUAUAGGGGCAGAACUGGUGAAGGGGUGGUGGACUCUGCCGGACAACCGGGUGUUUGUACCUCAGCAGUUAGCAUGGGAGGUUGUUUCUUCCCUGCAUAGGCAUUUACAUUUAGGAAAGACAGCUUUGAGAAAGGCUUUAACAAGGGAAGUCUAUAUUAACAAUUUGUCUAGUCUAGCAGCUGCUGUUUGUUCUCGAUGUCAGGUGUGUGCUGCUAAUAACCCACGUCAGGGCCCAAGUCUUCCCCCUGGGCACCAACCUAGGGGGGCUUAUCCUUUUGAUUAUUUAAUGAUCGACUUUACGGACAUGCCGAAAGUGGGAUCAUACACUGCUAUGUUAGUUGUUGUUUGCACAUACACAGGGUGGCCUGAAUGUGUUCCCACUAGAACGAAAAAAGCUUUGGAGGUAACCCGAACUCUGUUAAAUGUAGUUAUUCCACGAUAUGGGUUGCCCUCACGUAUCUCUUCAGAUAAUGGGCCUGAGUUCAUUCAUGCAGCCACUCAGAAGGUUGCCCAGGUAUUGGGGAUUACCUGGAAGUUACACUGUUCGUUCCACGCUCAAUCGGCGGGUGUCGUUGAGAGAGUUAAUAGAACCAUAAAGAAUAAAUUGGCUAAACUUUGUCAGGAAACUCAUCUGAAAUGGCCAGAUGCCCUCAGCAUGGCGUUGCUAGCCGUGAGGUGCGCACCCACAAGGGGGCUGGGUGUCUCACCAUAUGAGUUAAUGUAUGGAAGGGUUCCUAAUUUGGUUAGUCCACAGGUGUUGCCUACUCCUCAAGUGGCCGACACAGUGAAAGUCAAACAGUUGCAAGCCUUAAAUACUGUUGUCCAUCAAUUACAAAAAUAUGUGCUGUCAUGUCGUCCUCAUGUAAUUGUAACUCCAGUACAUAAUUUCCACCCAGGACAGGAGGUCUGGGUAAAGGGCUGGAAAAAGGUGCCUUUGGAACCCAAAUGGUGUGGGCCAUAUACUGUUGUUAUUUGUUCUCCCCUUGCUGUUAAGGUAGCUGAAAUUAAGCCUUGGAUCCAUUGGACACGCCUGAAAUUGGCUGCAACCCCGUGUGAGACUGUUUCCAAGGACUCUGUCCAGCCUCUACACCCUGCCAAAAAGAGAAGACGAAGGAAGGACGCCGCCUCGCCUGCUGAUUCACGGGAAGCAAUCGCUCUACGGCCAGGUGGUGAAGACCCCUCUGCAUGUGUCGCUCCAGGUGCCGCCGACACCCAUCGCACAGGCAACGCAUUGCGUCUCCCGUGGAACCUUCGUCCCCGUCCAACGCGGUAG